CAUGAAAUACCUUUGUUUUCGACACCUAACUAUUACCCACAUGACUCGUGAGGUUGCUUUGUGAAGGACAUUUUAGGUCUAGUGAGACCUAGUAAUACGCAUUUUAUAACAUAUCUGGCAACGCUUCGACCCCGUAACAAGAAAGUAUCUGCAUUGUUAAUGCCACAUUUGGAACUAGAAGAUCCGAUCCUUCUCAUUCGUAGUGGGGCAGUUCUCUUGUCGCGAUCCUACUCCAUUCAGCUCGCCUUCGCCCUUCUUGCUUCAAUAUCUUCAAUACUCGUACAGAAUGCUAGCGACGACGUGCACCAUCUCCACCAUCAGUAGAUAUACGGGUCAUUCGAAGGAAUGGGAUUAUGGAAUUCUUCGAGAACCAAGUCGGCGAGGUGCGAUACUUGACUACACUGGCUGAAACCCCUGCUUCCGCGCCGCCUGUAUCUCCUGCCUCUCAGCAACAUAAUAGCAGCAGUAGUAUAGCGACAGCUCCCGGUGCCAAAAGAAAGAACAGCGCAGAAGAGUCGCCAAGCUCGAAAGGACCUCAGCAAAGAAGUAAGAGGAAUAGGUAUAUAUCCAUAGCUUGCAACGAGUGCAAGCGACGCAAAAUAAAAUGCAAUGGCGAGACUCCAUGCCAGCGAUGCGGAAACCUCAACCUCCAAUGCCUCUACGCGCCCAAUUGCUGCUCUAGUUCGUUUAAGGACUCGGACGAGUUUAAAUAUAUGACUAGCAAGGUCAAUCAGCUGCAGGAACAGGUCGAUGCGUUAUUCGCAAACAUGAACGCUUUGAGGUCGGAAGCCUUGCGCCUAGCUCCUAUUCAAGACCGACCGCCCACCUUACCAUCUACGUCGAGUACUCCGUCCUCCUCUUCUAUACCUUCCAUCACGCCCAUACACAGGCCGGCUGAAUUAGUUCAGUCUCGUCAGCCUGGCUUCCGCGGGCCCACAAGUACCAGAUUCAACCUGGAUGUCGCGAAGAAUACCUUACAUAAGAUGGGUUAUAGCAAUCCGCCCGAUGGCAGCGAGCCAGACGGUUAUAGCCAAGAAAGUCCCGCACCGUCCCCGAAUAUGACGACUCAACUAACCACGACUCCUAACGUCCUUACCCGCGAUCCGCUAUGGGAAUUCGACAAAGAUGACUUAGUGCGCUUAUGCCGUGUUCACGACGAAGAGAUUGGUAUCAUGUACCCGGUAGUUAAGAUGGAUUCGGUUAUUCGCCAUGCAAAAACUCUGUCUUCGUGGAUGGAGGCAGCUAGAAAGAACUUCAUGUUAUAUGGAGAAGAAAGCAACCUUAAGGAUCGGAAUACGGUUUUGCUUAAGCUCAUCAUUUGUUGCGCAUUGCAAAUUGAGGAGCACGGGAACAGCGAGAAGGCGCAAAGGCUCUUUCUCAGCGUCCGGCCGACGACCGACAGGAUGUUGAUGUCCGACCCAAGUGACGUGAAAAAUAUGCCAAUACUAGCUCUUGUGGCGGGCUAUUACUUUCUCGCCAAUGACGAAAUUCUAGCCUGGCGGACUAUGGGUCAAGUAACACGCCUUUGUUUCGAGCUUGGGCUUCAUCGACUCGACGCGAUCCAACGAAUAGAUAACGAGGAGGAACGUAAUAACGCGAUCAACACAUUUUGGGCGGCUUACGUAUUGGAUCGAAGGUGGGCGUUCGGUACAGGUUUGCCAUUUACUGUCCCAGACGAAGAAAUCGAUCCUCAAUUGCCCUAUCCCGAUUCACAUCCUUAUCUGGUCGCUAUGAUUACCUACUCAAAACUGAGCGCGAGAGUAUGGCGACUGGUACGGAAUUUUGAGCCUAACACGCCAUUAGAGCUUCGGCCAAAUGAAAUCGAGGAUCUCGACCGGCAAAUAAAACAAUGGUACAGCGAAGUGCCCCAAGAAACUCAGCUUGAGCUAGCCGAUUGGGAGGCAUUACCAAUAUAUCUAAACCCUCCAGUUAAUUCGCAGAAGGAUUAUGAUAUACAGAGACUACAGAUCUGGACAUACUUACGUUUCAACCAAAUUCGGACUUGGCUAUAUACCCCUAUUCUGCAUACUCACAGUAGCAUCAUGGAAAACAUGCAAUUUGCCGAGCGUGCUGUCAAGCUUGCUAAAAACACGAUUUGCUACCUCACUCACCUAAACAACACGACCAACAUCUACCGGAAGAUCCAGGUCUUCUACCAUCAAUUUUUAUUAGCCGCCAUCGCGGUGCUCUUCCUCGCAUCUUGCCAUGCUCCGGUCAACUUUAGUUCGACGUGUCGAAACGAAUUCUACAUGGCGCUUGAGUUGGUAAAGGACUUAUCUUCCAGAUCAUGGGUCUCGCAACGCCUUUGGAGCACUAUCAAGUCGCUUCGCGAGGUGGCACCUCGUCUCGGACUCGCGCAAGACCCCCACUCUUCGGCCGCGCUCACGAUGGCCGGGCUGGCUACCGGCCAAAUGGGGGUCACGCCUCUCCUCGCUUCCGGCUACGGGUUACAGCCCUCGCCCGUCUCGGGAGCGCCCCCUACCUUUGCCGGGGUCCAGAACGGGCACCAGAUAUCCAGCGAGAUGUCCCGGAUAUUCGAGGGCUACAUGGGCAAGAAGAGCAGCCCGGGGGACCCGCCGACGGCCGGUCCGCCGCCUGUUGAUGACAGUACCGCGUUACCUUACAGUAUUGGUAACGUAUACCAGCACUUCAAAGAUAUGUUUUAACCCUGCGUUGGGCAUUAGCUACCUAGGAGUUAACUAGGCGCAUAAUCCUUCAUAGAGAAUUGGGUGAGUGAUGAGUUGAUCAGGCCUAGACUUGUCUAAUUUGGUGUAUUGCUAUCUAAGGGGGUAUUCUAUGACAAUAUUACACCUAGGUGGCAGAUGUAAGCAACCAGUUGUAUAUAUAAACUGUUUAGUAUAGUACGUAUGGUACCCAACCAUGAUCAUCGUGUAUAAACAUCAAACUUGGUUAAUUCCACACAUGAAGUUGCUCUUUUACCUAGGUAAUAAGUAGGUAGGUAUUUUUCAGGGUUGUUGGGCUAUUGCUGAAGAGGACUAAACAGCGCUAUUAUUAUGAGGAACUUAGC